GAGCUACUCCGUGCGCAGGCAGCGCUAAAGUGAGCCGGGGGUGACGAGAGCCUUAACGCUCACCCAGGAGUUAUGAUAGACACAACUCGUGCACCUGAAGCGCAGAGUCAACACUCAACCAGCACAAAAUCGACUCACCUAUACAUACACCUAUACAUACACACUUUCCUCUCCAUACAUCAAAUUCUCAUCUCUCUUCGAUCCCAACCUCCAAUCAAUCGCUGUAAUUCCACCGCAAUCGCCCCCAGCUAUGAAACCCCCCUGAAAAUUUUGAAUGGAAACCCUAACCCUAACCCUAGCCCCACGCCCAAUUACUCUGCUUCGAUCAUCGCUGUUUUCUCUCUUCUUUUGCGGUGGCUGAUCAAUUGACGCUCGAAUUCACUUCUCGAUCAUUGGAUCUCUGAUUUGGUUGAUUGAUUUUGUUUUGUUAAAUUGCUGCGUUUUUAAAUAGUUAUGUGAUGGGGUGAUCCGCCCUUAAAUGCGUUGUAGCUUCCGAUGAGCAUGAAAGUGGAGAUCAGUUAAGUUUUAGGUUGGAGAAAUAGGAUUUGUUUUGUCUAUAGGCUUAUACUUGUAAUCAUCUUUAUAUAUACAUACAUUUUGUCAUAUAUCUCUGUGUAAGGGAUGUGUAGCUCAGAAACAGGAGGAGCGGUGGAUUGUAGUGUGGGGAGUAUAGUUUGGGUCCGGCGACGAAAUGGGUCGUGGUGGCCUGGAAAGAUACUUGGGCCUGAGGAGCUUCAGUCGUCUCAUAUAACAUCGCCGAGAUCAGGAACUCCAGUCAAGCUUCUAGGGAGGGAGGAUGCUAGUGUGGACUGGUACAACUUGGAGAAAUCAAAACGAGUGAAAGCUUUCCGAUGUGGGGAGUUUGAUGACUGCAUAGAAAGGGCUGAAGCUGCUCAGGGCAUGCCUCCAAAGAAAAGAGAGAAAUAUGCACGGAGAGAAGAUGCAAUAUUGCAUGCUCUUGAAUUGGAGAGACAACUGAUGGAGAAGAAAUAUGGAAAAUCAGGAAAUUCGUCUAAUGGCAGAAGAAAAUCGCCGGAUGCUGUUACUUCUUCAGAAAGGUUGGGAAAUGGCGCAGGAAAUCAAAUAGACCCCAGAUCUGACCAGCUACCGGAGAUGCUUGGUUUAGCUGUUGUAGAAAAGAAUGGGACAGACCAGCAUCCAUGUGAAGAGACGGUUAAGGAUGUAAAUCAACCUAGCGGUGAUGAUGAUAGUGCUGGUGCACUACCUCGAAUGAGAGGGUUGCAGGACUUAGGUCUCCGGACUACUCCACCGAUGAGAGAGGAGCAUUCUGGAGUUGCAAUAUCUCGGGUGAAGAGGAGUAGAAAUGCUUACUUGACAUAUGAUUCUGGGGAUUGUUCCAAUGAUAAUCAAAAUUUAACCACCCAGAUGGAAAUACCAGUUUCAAAGUUUGACGAAAGCAGCUAUCAAGCUGAUGCUGGCGAAGACCACAUUUCUGGGUCUACAGAGGAUACUGAAACAGAUUGUUCAGAAACUGAUUCUGUGGAGUCGGAUUCCGAUGAAGAAAUGCCUGCUCUUUCUGAUGGUGCGGGUUCUAUAGAAUUACAACCGAAAUAUCCAAGGAGUAUUGAAACACAUGAAGACCAUGGAAGCAUUAGCAGUAGUGAUGACUUUGAUGAAAUGGCAUAUGCCGAUGGCUUGCCUCAUCAUUUACCCCAUGGCUACAUAUCAAAUAGCGUGGAGGUUUCCAAGUGGCGACUCAAAGGGAAAAGAAAUAACCGCAACAUUGGGAAAAAGUAUCCUGACAGAACUGAUGCUGAGCUUCCCAAAGGAUAUGCAAACAGCAGAAACUCCAACUGGAGCAGUGGUGGUGGUUUCAAGGUUGAUCCAAUCGAUAAAAGUUUAAGGAACCAUGCAUCCGGUUAUGGAUCGACAGGACUACACAGUUCUCAUGAGACCGCUGAUUUGGAUGGCUUUGCUUGGAAUAAUCAGUCAAUCACCAGAGGAUAUUGGGAUGAUUCACAAGAAUACGUAGAUCCUUUCUUUGUCAGGAGGCAUCCCUUUGGUGGUCGGGCCGUGCUGAUAGACGUGGAUUUGGAAGUCCAGGCCAACAACUAUCGACGAGAUGUCCCAAUGAUCUCGCUGAUGAGCAAGCUAAAUGGUCACGCUAUUAUAGGCCACCCUAUCCAGAUCGAAGCUCUUGAAAGUGAUUUGUCUGAGAACCAUGUCUCUACAACCGAUUAUUUUCACCCAGAACCUCUGGAAACUCCUGUACUUCCUUCAGUGUGGAGGACCGGUCGGAGGACAGCAAAUUCCCGUGUUCCCCGCCCGUUCCUGAACGGCGAGAGCAAGCAGCACGCUCUAUUCAUCGACCAAGGCACUCGCCUAAAGGGGAGCGUGACACUGAGGAACUUCCCCCAGUAUCCAAUCGACAGGAAGUUCUCAAGAAACUCUCCCAAGAAGAGCAGCCCGUCGGCCAACCAAAAGAUACGAAGCCUUUCAUCGAUUGCAUCAGACGAGCAGCAUCAGAGAGAUCCCAGAAACGACACGAGCAGUUUUCAAGUGGGCGGGAUGAUCAAAACCGGGAAUCUGCCCACGACAGUCGCUUGCAUACCAGUUAACUUGGUAUUCAGUAGGUUACAUGAGGAAUUGGUUGGUCGGCAUCAGUAAUAAUAUGGAUUAUUGUAGAUGUUGAUUGUUUACUAGUUUCAUGUAAAUUUUAGGCAAUAAUUUUAUAUAAUAACUACACCUGUUGUCACAUUUUGUUGUGAAAAAUACUGAUUUGAUUCUUGAUUUUCUGACAAA